AUGGCUAACCGAAGGAGAGCGGAAGAAGUAGUUGAUGAGGGAGUUCCUCUCGAAGGUGUGCAAGGUCUUCAAGAUGACCAAGUCCCCAUAGGCAAUCAAGAGAAUGAGGUUCCGGUGGCUCCCCCGGCCAUGACUAAUAAAGAGAUUAGGGCGGCUUUUCUAACUCUAGCCCGAGCGAUGACGGCUCAAGCUAACCGAGAUGUGGGGCCUAGGGUGAAUGCUAAUGAGAGUACGGCGGCCCCAAGGUUUAGAGACUUCGUGAGGAUGAAUCCAUCUAUCUUUUUGGGCUCUAGAAUUGGAGAAGAUCCCCAAGGGUUCUUGGAUGAGAUUUACAAAAUUGUGGAUGUUAUGGGAGUAUCUUCUAGAGAGAAAGCGGAAUUGGCUUCAUACCAAUUGAAGGAGGUGGCCCAAAUUUGGCUUGUUGUGUAUGCUCAAUUUAUUGAGGAGUCCAAGAUGACUAGGGUAAGGAAAGAUUUAAAGAGGAGUAGGUAUGAGGAUCAAGGACAACCUAGGUUUAAGAAGAGGGCUCCAAAUCAAGACUUGUCAAGUGCUCCUAAGGUUAACCAUGAAGGAGGUGGUGGUUUUCAAAUUGAUAAGCCUACUUGUUCCACUUUUGGAAAGAAGCAUUUUGGGAAGUGUCUAUCCGGCACUAGUGGUUGCUAUGGUUGUGGGAAAAAUGAUCACAAGGUGAGAGAUUGUCUUAAUAAUGCGUCUAAAGGAAGGAAUGCUAGGCAAGAUCCUUAUAGUGGUCCUAAUGUUGAUGGUCAAGCAAGGAAUCAUUUCUAUGCUCUCCAAACUAACAAGGAAGCAAAUCCGGAUGAAGGUGCCGGUAAGUCAUAA